AUGGAUAUUUGAGAGACAUACAAAAUGUAGAUUUUUAUUAAGUAAAACCCCUCAUGUAUUAAUUAGAAUUUAUAUUCAGACCGCAAAAAAAUUUAAAGUUGUACCUCAAACACAAAGACCACAACACAGACAAGUUUGGAGCUUUAAAUGUGAUGCGAUCUGAAUGAGCUUGAUAGUAGAUUUGGCACCUCCCUUCUCCUUCAGUCAGCUGAAGUCAUCCUGACAACAGGGUCCUUUGUGGAUCUGUCAGGAGCCUGAGAUCAGUCUGUGGACUGUGGAGCCGUCCGUCCGUCCCACUGAGCUGCUGUUCUCAGUGGCCCCUGCUGGAGCUGCUGCUACUGCUGCUGUUGAGCAUGUGCUCGGCUGCUCCACAGGGCAGAAGGGACGCUUCCCAUCAACACACAGGUUGCGGACAUGGAUCGCUGAGCGCACUGCUCCGACUCAAGAGUGCUGUCACUAAGCUGUUAUUCAUCCCUGCAUCAUGGAGGCUCAGCCUGGUGCAUCAUGGGAGCUCAUCAACGGUGUGACAGAUACAAUAUAUGAGGACUGAGAGGUCGUCAUGGAGACUGAUACCUACACCUCAAAUCCAGCCACCACUGACUGGGCCGGCCUGGAGGGAAUGGGAGUCCUUCAGGAGCAAGGAAGAGAGGGCCUGUCCAGCAACCCCGCAUCAUGGUACAUGCCAUACUCACUGGGCUUCCAGGUGUCCCUCACCGCCUUCCUCAUGCUGGAGCUGGUGUUGGGCUUCAGCAGCAAUCUGACAGUGCUGGUGCUCUACUGCUCUCAAUCCAAUUUAGUGGACUCUGUGAGCAACAUGGUGACUGUCAAUCUGCACGUGCUGGAUGUGGUGGUGUGUGUGCUGUGUUUGCCCCUGACUCUGGUGGUCGUACUGCUACCUCCGGGACCAAACCUAGCCCUGCUCUGCUGCCUCCACGAGGCCUGUGUCACCUUUGCCAGCAUUGCCACAGCUAUCAACAUCCUGGUCAUCAGCUUGGACCGAUACGACAUUUCAGUACGGCCGGCAAACAGGCUUCUGACAACACGCAGGGCAGCGCUGCUCCUGGCUGCUGUGUGGGUCACCUCGAUAGCUGUGUUUUUUAUCCCAUUCUUGGAGGUACAGUUGUCCAGUGGAGAAGGAGCAGAGGAGAGAGGGCAGGUGACACCCUUGUCUUUGUCCUCCCAUGGCAUCAGUGCCACAGUGGUGCCAGCGUGGCGUAACCGGACACUGCUGUGUGUUGGCGGGCAGGGUGAUCACACAGGCCUGGUUAUGUAUUACCACCUUAUCCUGCAGGUUCCCAUUUUCUUCACCACUGUGGCAGUCAUGCUGUUCACCUACUCCAGAAUACUGAGGGCUUUGAACAUCCGCAUUGGCUCCCACAUGAAGAAGAGCCAGCGCUUCAGGGGCCCCUCUGGCAGGGGGCACCACAAGAGACAGAAAAAAAGGAAGGCAGUGGUCGAUGGUGAGGGGGCAGGAGGGGAACAGUGCACCACAGAUGGCACCAAACAGCUCAGCCACCCUCCCCUCAUCCCUUCCCCCUCCCCCACUCCCACAGCUACCUCCCCCCCUGCGCUGUCCUCCCCUGCGCCACUGGUCGCCUCUGACACAGGUGCUGCCACCCCUAUGCCAGCCACCAUGGGUGUCCAAGCCUCUGUCUCGGCCAUCAUUGCCCUGCGGCGGGCGGUGCGCCGACACCGUGAUCGGCGAGAGCGCCAGAGGCGGGUGUUCAGGAUGUCGCUCAUCAUCAUCACCACCUUCCUGGGCUGUUGGGCUCCCCUCUCUGUGACCAAUGUGCUAAUCCUGGGCAUAGGUCCCAGUGACGCCCUGGUCAGCUUGCGCCUCUGGUUCCUAGCGCUUGCCUAUGGCACCACAGUCUCCCACCCUGUGCUCUACGCCUUCACACGACAGAAGUUGCGCCGUGCCCUCCGUGCCAAGGUUAAGAAGAGGGUGGUGUCCCUGCUUCAGGUAGACCCUUCACCAGGGGGUACAGUCAUACACAACUCCUGGGUAGAGAACAGAAAAACCAGCCGGCAGGUGCGGCUAGAAGCAAGCGAAGGUACUGACCGCUGCCUGGCAGAGGCCCUGUGAGACUGACACACAUGAGCUCGUAUAAUUAAAAACCAGAAUAGAGUCACAGGUGUGUUCACUGGAGCAUGAAGCAAGUGUUAAGAAAUCUGAAAAACACGUUUCCUCCUCUGGGAGAUGUUUUAAUGUAACCACCAGCAGAAAGUCCAUGCUAAACACAGCUAAAAUUCACCUCAGGCAGCAGUGGAAGCAGGAUGCUAUUGUCACUGUGGUGCACACAGGCUCUGCAGCUGAAGAAAAUCAUACAACAAACACAAGUGUAUAUAAUUUGCACUUUGUCAAAUACUAAGGUCUGUUUACAUGUGGAGUUGUAUGAUAUAGCAUUGUCAUAGUGGUGCUUACGUAAUUGCUCCAAAGAAUGUGUUUAGCUAGCAGAUGAUCUGAUCUGCCACCCACCCAAAUGCUCCAAGGCAGCUUUAAAAAAAUGUUGAUACACUUUGAACAUAUAAAUACAGUACUCUAAAGAC